UAUCUAAUUAAUUAUUCAUACCAGGGCUUUUCCCCAGUAAAAAUGAGCAUGUCCUCCACUAACAGAGGCCGUCAACCGGUACACCAAGGAACUGAACGUGGUAACGUUUCUUGCCUGCAUUUCGACUAUGAAGGAGUCAAAGUAGCUACAAAAGGAUUUAAUAAGAGCAAUAAAUUGGGUGAAGGUGGGUUUGGUCCUGUAUUUAGAGGAGAACUACUUUCUACUGAUGUAGCUAUUAAAGUACUGCGUAGGACAAAACCAGGCGAUAAAGGAGCAUCUGAUUUAGCCGAUGAGCAGUUUGAUGCUGAAAUCCAAAUACUUUCAAAGUUUCGUCAUCCAAAUCUUGUGACAUUACUUGGUUAUUCAAAUGAUCCUGGUUUACCAAGGUGUCUCAUUUAUGAGUUUAUGGUCAAUGGAACGUUAGAAGAUGCACUGGAUUUUGGAGUUGACAGGAGUAAAGUAGAAGGAUCAGAAACUAUUGGUCUACCAUGGAUGGUUAGAAUAUCAAUAGCAAUCGAUACAGCAAGAGGUCUAAGGUAUCUUCAUGAAGCUAUUAAAGAAUCACCAUUAGUUCACAGAGACAUAAAAAGUGCUAAUGUUCUAUUGGAUUUAUCGUUCCGUGCAAAAGUUGGAGACUUUGGUCUAGUGAGAGCUAUAGGCCAUCAGCCUGCAAGUCAUGGCAUUCGUCAAAGUCAAACCGCUAGAAUAGUUGGAACAUCAGGUUAUAUUGCACCUGAAUACUACAGAGGAGUCAUCACUACUAAACUGGAUACUUAUGCUUUUGGAGUAGUAUUACUAGAAAUACUAACUGGUUUACCAAGUUAUGAUCCUAAAAGAAAUCAAGAGUAUUCAGAUUUGGUUACUUUCAUUGAAACGAUGACAAGAAGAAAAGACUUUCUUCUGGUACAAUAUGUGGAUGGUCUUGCUGGCGAUUGGCCUAGCCGCUCUUUCUUUAAAUUAUUCAGCAUUGCCCAAAGGUGCCUGACAGAAAGUCAUUUUGACAGACCUGGAAUGAAUGAGAUUUAUGUUCUACUGGAGGAGCUGUCUUUAUUAAGUGGUCAGUUAUUUGCAGAAGAAAACAAAACAAAAAAGAAAACCUAAUUUUUAAUUAUAUUAAUUUUAUGUCUGAUAUUACAUUACCAUUCCUGUUUGUUGGCAACAGAGACACUAACUUCAUUCAUGCUUCA